CCGGCCCUAGGGGCGCAUGCGCAGUAUAGGGCUGCUGCUGCGCCGAGGUUGUUUCCGGGUCGCAGGGAUCGGUUCCGGGGCUUGGAAGCGAGUCUGGGAAGCUGCCGCUGCCGGGUGUUAACUAUUCAUCUGUGUACCUGAUGCUGAAAUUUGUUCCUCUUUAGAUUGAGACCGUUGUUAUGAUUCUCCGUGACUAAGUACCAUUCCCCCAUCGUUGUGUUACGUUCUAUACCAGGCUGAUGCAAUGAUGAAUUCUCAAAGUUUCUCAUUACCAACAAUGGUGCCCAGUAGCUCUGUUAUUAAUAGCUCUGUGACUAGUAACUUGCCAACGAACAAUCCACCCAGCAAAGCAGUUCUCAUUAGCAAACCGUUUAAAUGCUCUGAAUGUGGCAGGUCUUUUGCCCAGCUGACGGAGCUGGAGCUUCAUGAGAUGUCUCACGCUGCAGAGCGACCGUAUCGCUGCGAGCUCUGUGGAAAGACCUUUGCGCAGACAUCAGCUCUGGUGAAGCAUCAGCGUGUUCACACAGGAGAGAAGCCUUACAAGUGUCCCAUGUGUGGGAAGACCUUUGCCCUGUCCUCUGGCCUGGUACUGCACAAACGCAUUCACACUGGCGAGCGGCCGCACACCUGCCCGCUCUGCGGCAAGAAAUUCAUCUCCUCCUCCCACCUGGCCCUGCAUCUGCGUUCGCACACGGGUGAGAGGAAGUACAAGUGCAGUGUGUGUGGGAAGCUCUUCCUACAGUCCUCGCACCUUGUGAGGCACAAAGCAAUCCACACAGGGGAAAAGCCCUUUAAAUGUGAGGACUGUGGGAAGAACUUUGGGCGUGCUUCACACCUGAAGACUCACAGACGUGUUCACACAGGGGAGAGGCCUUUCAAAUGCACCCAGUGCGAAAAGGCCUUCACACAGAAGGCAGGACUGAUCCUGCACAUCCGCCUUCACACUGGUGAGAGGCCCUACAAAUGUGACAAGUGUGGGAAAAACUUCCGUUCCUCCGCUCACCUCAUGUCGCAUCAGCUCCUUGAGUCUGGGGAGAGGAAUUUCAAAUGUACCACAUGCAGUAAGGCCUUUAAGCAGGCCUCAUCUCUCAAACAGCACUUAAAAACACAUGAAGCCCGUGAGCCUCACCGCUGUUCUGUUUGUAGUCGAACUUUUUCUAGGUCCUCUUAUCUCCAGCUUCAUAUGAGAACGCACAGUGGGGAGAGGCCCUAUCACUGCAUGGUUUGCAACCGGACUUAUUCAUACUAUUCAGGUCUUACUAGACAUCAGAGAAUCCACUCAGGCGAGAAGCCCUACAGGUGUCUUUUGUGCGGGAAAGGCUUCACCAUCAGCUCCACCCUGGCUAAGCACCGGCGCAUCCACACUGGGGAGAAACCCUACCAGUGCUUUAGUUGUGGGAAGAGCUUCAUCCAGAGCUCGCAGCUCAUCACCCACCAGAGAACACACACAGGCGAGAAGCCCUACCAAUGCCCCGAAUGUGGGAAGGGCUUCAGCCGGAGCUCCCACCUCAUUAUCCACCAGAGGUUCCACACUGGAGAGAAGCCCUAUGAAUGCCCCCAAUGCGGGAAGGGCUUCAGCCAGAGCUCCAACCUGGCCACGCACCAGAGAGUGCACACGGGGGAGCGACCGUACCAGUGCUCCCAGUGCGGGAAGGGCUUCACGCAAAGCUCGGACUUCACCGCCCACCAGCGGCUGCACAUGGGCGAAAGGCCCUACCGCUGUGCUGAGUGUGGGAAGAGCUACACAAACAGCUCCGCCCUCAUCAAACACCAGAGGAAUCACACAGGGGAGCGGCCCUAUAAAUGCCCCGAGUGCAGGAAGGGCUUCAGCCAGAGCUCCGCUCUGCUUGCCCAUCAGCGGAUCCACACGGGAGAGAGGCCCUACAAGUGUCCUGAGUGUGGAAAGGGAUUUUAUGCGCGGUCCCCCCUUAUUGCACACCGGAGAACCCACACCGGCGAGACACCCUACAUGUGUCUGGAGUGCGGGAAGGGCUUCCGCAAGAAAGCCAGCCUCAACGUGCAUCAGAGAGACCACCUAGCAGAGGAACAAUGCCCUGAUCAGGGCUGUCCCCAGUGAACAACAUCCAUGGCCAUUUCCACAACACACGCAGGUAUUCGGCUUCUCAGCACCAUCCGUCUGCACAUCUGUUGGGUCAGCUGGCUGCAGGAGCUACACCUAAGCUGACUGGUGGUGAUCCUCUAGCAAGUCCUAGGUAGAGAAGAAGCCCACAUCAUCUCCUAUUUAACUGGUGCAUCCCAAGCUGUAAAGCUGCUAGGCCCUCAGUAUCUUGUCAACAUGGGAAGAGAGAGGGAAACCCCUCCAAGAGCCCCUUUUUCCUCACGUGGGCAGUGGCUGGGAGAAAGCUACAUGGCUCAGGCCCUAAACUAACUCAAGAGACCUAUCGCCACCCGCCCCCCAGACCAUGGCUGGGCUCUCAAACUGAUCCAGAACUGUAGCUUGAAUUUGCUCAUACAACCUUAAUUCUGGCCCUUGUGCAAAUACAUGAUGGUACAAUUUUAAUUUACACUGUCAUAUACCAUUUUUUCCCACAGGGCUCCUACCUCAUUCAUUGCCCAGAAUGGAUGCAUCGGGCAACCUGAACUAUAGGGGUCUCUAUGCAUGCUGCCUGUAAUGGAAUGUUCCCCUCCAUUCUCUCCCUGCCCCUUGCCUUCUCUCUCCCAUUUGGGUGCCCAGGGUCAUUUGGGGCCACUUACAUUAUUGUCUUGAAAGUGCCUUGAAUUGCCAGUGGAGCCAACCCCCAUUUUCUGCCUACCUAAAUGACUCAUUUCUCCCUGGCCAGCUCCUGGAAAUCCUGUCCUGAAUGGUCAGUGUGUCCCACACCAUUCAUGAUGAAAUACUCGCCGAGCUGCUAUUAGAGCCCUGCAGAAAGCAAUUGGAGACCUAUGUCUCAUCCUAAUGCUGUCUGAGCUGAGUCUGCAGUACGGUCAUUCCAUUUUCAAUUGUCACAACCUCAUUCCAGUGCCAGGAAGGAACAAGUCUUCAGUCUCAGGCAGAAGAAUAAAACAAAAGGAGAAAAAAUUCUGCCAACAAAACGGAUUGAUUGGGAGCAGUAACACUGACUCGGAGCAGUUUUAAGCUUAAUCAAAAUAAGCCGCUCUUAAAUUGAAAUAAGCGUGUCUACACAGGAAUGUGCAGAGUUUUAACUAAACGAGCUUAAAUUCCCACCUUAUGUUAAAGUGGUACAAGCCCUCAGUGCAGCCUUGCCAGCCCCAAGCAUACAAAAAUCAUGAGUCCAGCCCCCAAAACAUGAGAUUUGGCUUAAAAGUCUGGAGGGGUUUUAAAAAUAAUACGUUUUAAGUUUUUGUUUCUUCUGGUUUCUGAGCCUUUAAUGUGCACGUGCGUCACAUUUUCAGUCUUUUCCCUGCAACUAUGAGGGCUAGAAUCUCCCUUGAAAAGAAAAGAAAGUUGAGCUUUUUAUUCUGUCUCUUGAUUCUAGCAGCUGGGGCUGGAAAACACCAAAUAUAAUGAGCUGCAUUACAUUUUUAAGAGUUGGUAACACAAUAUCAUCAUCUGCUUCUUCACAUAGGUGUGUGUGUGUGCACCCAGGGCACUGGAGCAUGAGAAAUUUGCCUAGUGGUACCUGUAGAGGGUGGCACUUGCACCCCAUGGCCAUAGCCCUUCCCCUGGCUACAUGAAGUGGUGCCACCCCAACCCUUUCUCAGUUUUUAUUUCUUGGUCAACUGUAACAUCCCAUGUUUAAUUCAUUCUUUUAAACACUGUCAGCACUAUCAUCUAACCAGUUUUAUUUGACUUUCUGUAAUUUCUUAGUUGCUUUUGAAAUUCUAUUGUGGCUAAUGAAUGGAUACAUUUACCGUACGUCCCCAGUCUGUAUUUUAGCUGAGAAACAGAUAUAAAAAGGGCUUGUGUGCUGCUGAAGUGCUUCAGUGCAGAUGCUGCCUAUUCCAACGGGAGGGGUUCUCCUGAUGGCACAGGCUAGGCUGACAGGAGAAUUCCUGUCUAUGCCUGGGGUUAGGUCGGUUUAACUGCCUCGCUCCUGGGUGUGGAAUUUUCACACCCCUGCGUGAUGUACUUAUAUUCACCUAAUUUUGUAGUAUAGUCUAGUCCUUAGAAACUUGGUAGAUAAUAGGUUCAUUAAAUUAAUUGUCCAAUAUGGUUUAGAAUGUGUAUUUCUUACAUCAUGCAUGAUAAUGAGGGAUGAAGUUCAAAGUCUAAUCGUCAAUGCUAACGUGAAGUGCAGGCAAACAUACUUGUCUUAAACCCAAAUGAGUUAUAUAUAAAAAGCAAAAUUAGUGCAAAACUAAAGCUGCUUGUUUAAGAUGAAUACAGAGAAGGAAGAUGGUUCAGGGGGUUGGGCACUAAUCUAGCCCUUGAGAGAGACUAGUUCAAGUGCCUGCUCCAUCAUAGAUUUUCUGCAUGAACUUGGGAAAGUCACUUAGGCCCAGUUCCACAAAAGUGUUAGGAGCCUAAAUCCCUUUGUGGAUCUGGGCUUCUGGGCCUCAGCUCUCCAUCUGUACAAUGGGUAUAACAGCACUUUCCAACAUCACUGGGGAGUUGUGAAGAGAAAUACAUUAAAGCUUGUGAAGCGCUUGGCUAUAGCACUGGUGGGGACUAUAUAAGCACUUACGAUAGACAGAACUGCAAAAGCUAAGAUUUAUAUAGCAGGGUUUGCUGAGCUAUGUAAAUCUGUAUAUGAUGAUAUAGUGAUGUAAACCCCGUACAAGCACCAGAAGGGUUAAGGGAGCCUGAGAGGGUCAGUAACCUCACUGAUUGCACCUGGGGAGGGGGUGGUCAGGUGAAGGGGGUGGACUUAGGAGAGAGAAGGUCAGUUGGGAGAGGAGAGCAAGCAUCUCAGAGAAGUGAUUAAGAAAAAGCAGAAAGCCUACAAGGAGUGGAAGAAGGGUGGGAUUAG